AUGGUCGCCAACAAGCUUGUCAGGGUGGGCAUAAUAGGCUGUGGCGAGAUAACACAGGUUGCACACAUCUCGACAUUGGGUUUCCUCUCUGAUUUCUUCACCAUCACCUACCUGUGUGAUGUAUCAGCAGAAUCUCUCAGGCACAAUGCUCAGAAGGUCAUCAACCACAUCCCGCAAAUCACACAGAAUCCGGCUGAGCUUUGCGCUUCACCAGAUGUCGACCUGGUCUUCAUAGCGAGCUCCGAUGAGUACCAUGCCGUGCAUGUAAUAGAGGGGCUGAGGCACGACAAGCAUGUUUUUGUCGAGAAACCAAUGGCGCUGUGCCUGAGGGAUGCCGACGCCAUUAUCGAGGCGGAAGAAAAGUCCAGAGGUAAAGUAAUGGUGGGAUAUAUGCGUCGGUAUGCUGCAGCCUUUGUAGACCUGACAAAGGAGAUUGGAGGGAUGGACAAGAUUCUGUAUGCUCGAGUUAGAGAUAUAAUCGGACCCAACAGCCACUUUGUCGCACAAUCAGGCACUUUUCCAAAGGUGUUCACUGAUUUCACACCGGAAGCCGUGCAAGACAAAAAUGACAGGGCAUCGGAAAUAGUGUAUCAAGCACUGUCAGUCGAAUGUGGAUUACCUGUCAAUGCCGAGUCCACGAGGAUGUGGCGACUGUUGGGUGGCCUGGGUUCUCAUGACUUGUCGGCAAUGAGAGAAGCUCUCGGGAUGCCGGGACGUGUCAUCGGAGCAUCGAUAAAUCUUCCAUUCUGGAGUGCACUGUUGGAAUAUCCCACCUUUUCGGUAACCUAUGAAUCUGGGGUUGACAAUGUUCCUCGUUUUGAUGCCCAUAUUGAGGUGUAUAGCAUGACAAAAUCCGUUCGAGUCAAAUAUGACAGCCCCUAUGUUAAGGGUCUGCCAGUGACCAUGGUUGUCUGCGAAAACAUCGACGGAGUGUACCGAGAGUCAACGGUCAAGCGGACCUAUGAAGAUCCUUAUACUUUGGAAAUGAAGGAAUUGUACCAGAUGGUUGCCAACGGAAAGGAAGUGAAGACCACGGCAAAGGAUGCAAAGAUGGAUCUGAAGAUUUUUCAAAUGAUCAUUAAGGCUGGGACAAAAACCCAGCCAUAG